AGACUAGCCGUCCAGCGUCUUCGCACAACGCAAGAGAAGCUCACCGCACUUCAAAAGUCUAACAGGAGAGAUAUCGCCACCCUCAUCGAGCGUGACAAGCUCGAGACUGCACGGAUCAAAGUAGAGAGUCUGAUCCACGAGGAUGUCUAUCUUGAGUUGCUGGAACUGCUUGAGCUCUAUUGUGAGCUGCUCAUUGCGAGGUUCGGCAUGCUCGAUGUAUUAGCGAGAGAACCUGACCCGGGAAUUGCAGAAGCUGUCAAUUCGGUCAUCCACGCUGCCGCUCGAACAGAAGUGAAAGAGCUGCAUGUCCUACGCGAGCUGCUGACCCACAAAUACGGACGCGAGUAUUCUUUGGGGGUGAUGGAGAACCGAGACUUGUGCGUUCCCGCACGGGUGACAAGCAAGCUGGGCUUGGGGAUGCCACCGAGAGAACUGGUGGAUGCGUAUCUUGGAGAGAUCGCUAAGGGCUACGGGCUGAAUUGGACGCCUCCUGGCGGAGGGGGUGGAGAGGGAGGUGUGAGAGAGGAGAAGGAGAGUAAGGACGAGCAAGAGAUUGAAGAACAGCUUGAGCCUCCUUUGCCUGCUGAGCGUGACCCCAACCCACUCCCAAGCGUGCCUGUGGAGAAUACGAGCAAGCCUGCGGUGCAGUUCAAGCCGAGCAGUCCGGCGAAGGAGAAGGAUCAGGAGGAUGAGUUUGAGGCGCUUUCUAAGAGGUUUGCGGCUUUGAAGAAGCGGUGA